AUGGCUCCAGCUACAAUCGCAGCUUCCACGCCUGAUCCUGCCCCUCGUAAACGAAUGCCCUCAGCAUUAACAUUUAACCUUGAAGCAAGAUGCUCAACAACGAAAGCUCGCGCGAGCACCCUCAUUCUUCCCCACGGGACCGUCAAAUUACCGAUUUUUAUGCCUGUUGCGACUCAAGCCUCCCUAAAAGGUCUCACGCCCGAUCAACUCAAGCAAACAGGGUGCAUGCUAUGCUUGAAUAAUACGUACCACUUAGGUUUAAAGCCGGGGCAGGAAGUAUUGGAUGUAGUAGGCGGGGCACAUAAGUUUCAGGGCUGGGAUAGGAAUAUAUUAACAGAUAGUGGAGGGUUCCAGAUGGUAUCGCUAUUGAAACUUGCUAAAGUUACGGAAGAGGGAGUUCGGUUCUUGAGUCCACACGACGGGACACCGAUGCUUCUGACACCGGAACACUCAAUUUCAUUGCAAAACUCCAUAGGAUCCGAUAUAAUUAUGCAACUUGACGAUGUUAUUACCACCACAUCUCCCGACCAUGCCCGUAUGAAGGAAGCGAUGGAGCGCUCAGUGCGUUGGCUAGAUCGAUGCAUUGGGGCCCACAAAUUUCCCGAGAGACAGAAUCUAUUUUGUAUUAUACAGGGUGGUCUUGAUCUUGAAAUGCGCAAAGAAUGCUGUAAGCAAAUGGUAGAGAGAGAUACACCAGGCAUCGCUAUUGGUGGAUUAUCCGGUGGUGAAGCAAAGGAUGAGUUUUGCAAAGUGGUCAACACCUGUACAGCUCUACUGCCACAGAAUAAACCGCGAUAUGUCAUGGGUGUGGGAUAUCCCGAAGAUCUUAUUGUGGCAGUCGCCCUAGGUGCAGAUAUGUUUGAUUGCGUGUGGCCUACAAGAACAGCGAGAUUUGGAAAUGCUGUGACGCCUAAUGGGACCCUAAAUCUUCGGCAUGCGUCGUUUGCGAACGACUCUAAGCCUAUUGACGAAAACUGCUUAUGCACAUCCUGUCGACCAAAAUCAAAAGGUGGACUUGGUAUUUCACGUGCAUAUAUUCACCACCUGGCCUCGAAGGAGACCGUGGGCGCGCAUCUCCUAACUAUGCAUAACGUCCACUACCUACUUUCACUGAUGAACUCAGUAAGAGAUGCCAUCAUUGAGGAUCGAUAUCCCGCUUUUUGUCGCACGUUUUUCAAAAAUUUAUAUAAUAACCCAUUAGACUUCCCUGAAUGGGCGGUCACUGCCUUGCGGGCAGUCGGCGUUGAUUUGAUGAAAGGUUAA